UAAAAAGACGAACAAAAGGUUAACAAGGUAUGGCAGAAAAAGCCUGUUUCAAUUUGAGUGAUGGYGAGGAUAGCGUGCCACCGUGGGCAGUCAUAGCGCCACAAUACAUCAAUGUAAUAAGACCAUGUGUUAACACAACAAGCCGUCAUUAUAUUUUGGAGUACAACGGAGAAGCACCUUGGCAAUGGAGAAAAUUACAGCCGUCUUAUCCAGCUAUAUACCUAAAUGCCAUGAAUGAAAGCCUGAGACCCCUGGGAUAUACAAUUUCUUCUAAGGCACACAGAGUGGGGACGCAAUUAAAAACCACAACAUAUCGAUUCAACAAAAGAGUUGGAAAAAUGAAUUCAAAGUCAAGAAAAAUGACAAUAUCAUCAUCUUGGUUCCAAAUGGUUAUUCAAGAGGAUGAGAUCAAAACUGUACCUGAAAAUGUUAUCAAAGAAAAAGAGGAGGAAAUGAAAAAAUUACAAGAGGAGCUAGUGGAGGUGAAUAGGCAUUUGACACAUCAAAGUGCAAAAGUGCUAGAACUGUUGAAGGAAUCUUUGAGUUUCAACGAAGGAAAUGACAGUUUAAAGAAAUAUAAGAAAGAAUUAAUAAACAAAGGGAAACAAAUACAAGACGUGCAGUGUCGUCAGAAGAAUAGGAAGAUCAAACAAAUUAGGGACCAAGCAAGUUCAGUGUUGUGGUUUGCAGAAACAUUUGGGUUGACACCUAAGAGUUUGACUGUUAAGGAGCAAYGUACUGGCACAGAACAUAAAAUUACUCUUUGUAGUGGAACAACACCUUUGCCAAAUAAUCAACCAGAGCAACCCUCUGUGGUAACAGAUCAAGGUGCUCCACCUCAGACUCCACCUCAAACUCCACCUCAGACUCCAACUCAGACUCCAACUCAGACUCCAACUCAGAUCCCACCUCAACAAACACAACCAACAGACAACAUCUCACCAACAAGAAAGUACAGGAUAGAGAAAUUUCUUGCUCUAGAAGAAGAGGAGAGAGAAAAAGUGAUGGAGCUUACCUCCAUUCUCAAUAAAUUUGGGGUGUCCUUCGAGGCAUAUCAUGAAAUCACCCAAAUACCAGGAAACAGUUCCAUGACAAGAUCUUACCUUCUUGAGGGAUGCCAGGGCCAACUUGACUCCAAAUGGAACAUUACUAAGACACCAGGAAAUACUGCAGGGGCUGAGCUCAACUUCCAUGAGCUAUUGCAAGAGCAACUUAGACAGCAUCUUGAAGGAAAACCAAAUGAUAAAGAAGAAAUGACUUUCAAGGUAAAGAUAAGUGGAGAUGGUGCCGCACUUACUAGGAAAAGUAACCUCAUGGUGUGUUCAUUUUCCAUCAUUGAUGACAAUAAAAACAUGAUGUCAAGCUCAGRGAAUCACACUAUUGCAGUGGUUCAAACUGCUGAGAGCUAUGACAACCUUCAAGUUUCCCUGUCAAAUGUCAUUAGAGAUGUGAAUAAGACACAGGAACAAGGGUAUAUAGAGGUUGAUAACCAUAAAGUCAAAAUAGAAUUAUUUCUUGGAGGUGACUACAAGUUUCUCUUAUUGUGUCUUGGAAUGAAGGCGGCCAAUUCCUCACAUGCCUGUAUUUAUUGCAAAGUCAGUACAGAAGAAAGGCAGGACAUGUCAAAGCCAGAGAAUUAUUACCAUUCCAUGAAUGUCAAAAGAAAACUUCAUGACAAAUGGCACAAAGACCCUGGUUGCCAGAAAUCACCUUUGUUUAAUAUCCCUCUGGACCACUGCAUGGUUGACGAGCUACAUGCCUUAUUGCGAAUAACCGACAGACUGGAGCAUGCAUUAAUACAUGAUGCAGUUGACUGGGAUGAGGAAGACAACUUUGGGGUACCCAAAAAAGACCAAAAAAAAUCACACCUCAACAACCUAUUGCAUGCUAUACAUACCUGUGGAGUAGGAUUUCAGAUAUGGUAUGACAAAGACAAUAAGCUGGAUUGGACUUCGCUAAUGGGUGAUGACAAAAAGAAAUUGUUGAGGAAUCUGCCCUCAAAGUUUUCUUCAUUUGUGCACCCAAAAAUAUUAACAUCAGUCACAAAGCUUUGGAAGGAUUUUGCCGCACUUUAUGAUGUGAUGACUAACCUAUCUCCCACUACAGAAGACAUCAAUACCUUUCACACAAAGGCAAAUGAAUGGGCCAAGCUUCUCCUUAGCAUGAAAAGUGAAGGCUAUAACUGGAUGAACCCCAUCACACCUUAUAUACAUAUCAUGGUGUACCACAUGCCRAAACUACUUGAGGAGUAUUGUAGYCUUAAAAUUUUUACAGGGCAAGGUGUAGAGAAAAAAAAUGAUGUAAUGAGGAAAGCAUUCCAUAGGUCUAUCAACAGAUGGGAUGCUUGCAAGUCCCUUUUGCUUAUUGAUAAGAGACAAGAAAGUCUGCAAACAAGCACAAGACAAAAGAGGCCUUACCAMAAGCUCGAUAAMARGWUUUGGGAUCAAGGUGGCAAACUGUUAGUAGCAGGAAAAUACAAAAGAAUUUCUCAACCAGUGCUGGCAGAAGUUGAAACAGAGAAUAUARCUCCAACCAUUUCCACAACUGCAGAAGUACAUACUGAAGAUUCUUUUAAAAAAAUGCUAAACUCACAGCUUAGAGAUGUAGUGUGUCAGCUAACUGGGGAGAGACUGAACAAGAGAACACGCAGAAAUAUUCUUAUUGACACAAUUUUAACAAAACAAUCCCAACAGUAACUGAACAUUUUAUAAACAAAUUAUGUUGAAAUUGAGUACAAACACUACAUAUUUAUUACUCUGUCCUGCAGAGUUUAUAACAUCUACAUGUUAUGUUUUCUAAAACUUAUUGUUAUCUUCUGUAUCCAUCUUCUUUCUUUUUUUGAACCAUCCUUGUUGUACAUUUGGCGUGAUCGUGAAAGGAAAGGAUGAAGUUGAAUAGGAUAAGUAAUUUUUCGAACUGUCCCACGUCUUCUAUAAGUCAUAUCCCAUCCUAGGGGAAAGUAUCUCCUUGGAAAGUCUUGAGCACUUAGUGCAUAUGUCUCUUUUGAACAGACUUUCCCCCUUCCACCAAAAAUGUGCCUGAAAACAGCAUGGUUGAAAAUGAUGGUGGUAUCGGACUGAAGAGAGUCUGUCAAGCCACCAUCAAUUGCAUUUCUUAUCAACUCGACAUGGGCUAGCACAGUUUUAGGUUCAGGGUUUGGUUUUUCAAAUGUUCUGCAAUUAAGAAACAUUAUCUUAGCAUAUUUAUAGGUACUCUUUGUUCAUCAUGUAUACAACCAGUAAUUACAUGACAUUUGUACAAAAUCGUUAGGAAUAUAAGAAUAUAAGCCAAUGAAGAUGUUAGUCAGAACUUACUCAA